AUGAUCAGCGAAACGAUGCGCCCCUCCUGCAUCCUUUGCCAUGUCAACGGCGAUCAAAUCCCCCAGCCUCCUCCCGGAGCUGGAGGCCUUCGUGCCUCCGUGACUCCGUACUCCUGGCGGGCCACCUCCUUGUUUCCCCUUCCCACCACUUCAACCUAUUCGGAGUGGUGCGAAUGCUACUUUGUGUGGAUACUUCGGGCAGCCGAGUCAAGUCUAAAUCCCAGAAGACCAAUGAGACUGGGCAGCACGCCAAAGGGCAGAGACAAGCAAACGGGAGUGGUGAAGCUUGCCCUGGCGUACCUGGCACUAAGCGCUAGCUCCCGCGGUGCCCAGCUGAGAAGAGUGGCAUUGAGCACCGGUGUCAGGCACGACACUGCGGGCAUGGCUAAGCCCAACAUGACAUCUCAACUUCUCAUCGUUGGCGUAUCCACUAUCGUCCGCUGUCCAAGUUCACACAGCAAGUUGCAACGGGGUGGGCUUUAG